GCGUUGAAGAUAUUAAGUAGUAGAAAUAGUGCUGUUGCAUCAAGGUGUUUUAGUAUUUCGUUUGAUAUGUUUUGUGGGCCUCUUGUAUUCUGGGUAUUGGAUUGUACUCUUGUUGCCAUGUAUUCUAUUG